AUGAUAAUCAUUGAUGAUGACAGCGAUGAGGAUGAUGACAAUGAUGAUGAGGAUGGUUGCAUCCUCCUAGCGUCGUUAUUAUCAUCUGCCAGCAGGCCAUCGCCGACGUUGCAAUUUUCACCAGAAGAAACAUCACCAUCUUCACAAUCAUUAUUUCUCCAAUCAUCGCCACCCCCAUCAUCAUCAUCAUCAUCAUCGAUUUCUGAUCUACCCCAUAAAUUGUUGUCCCCGGGAGACGUGGACCCCUUAAAAGAUGCAGCCCUAAUUUUAUUCAGCAGCGGGACUACAGGUCCCCCAAAAGCUGUCCUUCUCUCUCAUCACAAUCUCGUCGCCAUGAUGGUUCUGAUGAGCCCAAAAAAUGUUUCCGAGAACCAACCUGUCUGCCUCCUAUUUUACCCGCUCUUUCACAUCUAUGGUCUUGUUGGCAUCCUUUUUCACUCACUUUACAGAGGACACAAACUCGUCAUAUUACCAAAGUUUUCCCUCGCUGAUAUGUUCAAGUGCAUAGAGCUCCAUAAGGUGACAAUGCUCUACUUGGUACCAUCCCUCGUUAAUCGCAUGAUCAAGAACAGUGAGAUGAAGAGGGAUUACAACUUAUCAUCCAUCAAGUUUGUGUCUUGCGGUGCUGGUCCAUUGACUGAACAAUCUUGUGUUGAAUUCAAACGUCUCUAUAACAUCGAAGAUGUGAGACAAGGUUAUGGAAUGACUGAAAGUUGUUUGGCGAGUUUGCUUGUUGAUCCCAAUCUACCGCUAAAAAUUGGAUCAGUGGGACACCCCCUUCCUAAUUCCGAAGUUGUGGUGCGAAGCCUAAAAACAGGUGAGACAUUUGGGCCCAACAAAACUGGAGAGAUCUAUGUAAGGGGUCCUCAAGUCAUGCUAGGGUACUUGAACAACCAACGCGCGACUAAUGAAGCCAUUGACCAAGAUGGGUGGCUGCAUACAGGAGACGUUGGAUACUACGAUGAUGAUGGCUACUUCUUCAUUGUUGACCGCAUCAAGGAACUCAUCAAAGUUAAUGGAUACCAAGUGUCCCCGGCAGAACUCGAAUCCAUAAUCCUAACCCACCCAUCCGUUUCCGAUUGCGCCGUCGUCGGAAUUUCCGAUAACAGGGGUGGGGAAAUUCCAAAAGCGUUUGUUGUUAAGAAGCCAGGUUAUGACGUCAGCGCAGAAAACAUUGUAAAUCUUGUGGCGGAUCACACGUCUGCUUACAAGCAUUUGAAAGGCGGCGUCUAUUUCUUGGAGCGGUUACCAAAGAAUGAAGCUGGAAAAAUAUUACGCAGACGUUUGAAAGAUCUGCCCAGGAGUAAAUUGUAA